CAACACUGGUUGCUGGUGAAUUCAAGCCAAUGUGGUGAAUUUCGUCUUUGUUGAGAAAAAAUGUCGACGCGAAAAGUAUUUUAAUCAUUAGUCAGAAAAGCCAGUGUAUGCGAAUUCUGGAUUUUGGCAAAUAUCAAAUCAAAUAAGAAACGCGAUAAGGUUCAAGACUGGAUACACAGUGGCAAAAGCAAGGCACAAGUUAUGUAAAUGCAAUCAACUGCAAUUUAUGCACAAUUUCGGUUUGCCAGACUGCGACACGGUGGCGUUCCUGUCGACCACAAAGUGAAACUGCAGUGGGGAAAGUCGCACGCAGCAGCAGCACCCCCACACAACACACACAUACACACACACACAGCGACAAUAAGAGCUAUACAAAUAAUAACAACAACAAAAAGAAGACGAAGAAGAAGAGGAGGAAAGUAUGGACAAUUGCGAUCAGGACGCUGGCUUCCGAUUGGGUCCCAUCAAGGAGGAGGUCAAGCCAGACAUAUCGCAGCUGAAUGACAGCAACAACAGCAGCUUCUCGCCCAAGGCCGAGAGUCCGGUGCCCUUUCUGCAGGCCAUGAACAUGGUCAACGUGCUGCCGGCCAGCAACAACAAUAACAAUCAGAAUCAAUUGGCGCCGGCCGCCCAGCAACAACAGCAGCAGCAGCAGCAACAGCAACAACAACAAUAUCCGCCAAAUCAUCCGCUUAGCGGCUCGAAGCAUUUGUGCUCCAUUUGCGGAGAUCGGGCCAGUGGCAAGCACUAUGGCGUCUACAGCUGCGAGGGCUGCAAGGGCUUCUUCAAGCGCACGGUGCGCAAGGAUCUCACAUAUGCUUGCCGCGAAAAUCGCAACUGCAUCAUUGAUAAGCGGCAGCGCAAUCGCUGCCAAUAUUGCCGCUAUCAGAAGUGCCUGUCGUGCGGCAUGAAGCGCGAGGCCGUGCAGGAGGAGCGACAGCGCGGCGCACGCACCUCCACCGGUCGCUUGGGUGCAGCCGGCGGUGGCGGCGGCGCCGGUUCUGCUGGCGGUGGCCUUGCUGCUGGCGGCGGCAUUGGCAUUGGCAUUGGCAGCGGCGGCGGCGGAGGCACCAACAGCACCUCCGAUGAUUUCAUGCCGAACAGCGUGUCCCGCGACUUUACCAUUGAGCGUCUACUGGAUGCCGAACAGCGUGCGGAGGCGCAUAGCGGCGAUCGGGCGCUAACUUUCCUGCGCGUCGGACCCAACUCGACGGUGCAGCCGGACUACAAGGGUGCCGUCUCGGCGCUCUGCCAGGUGGUUAACAAACAGCUGUAUCAGAUGGUCGAAUAUGCGCGACUAAUGCCGCACUUUGCCCAGCUGCCGCUGGAGGAUCAGGUGAUAUUGCUGAAGGCCGCCUGGAAUGAGCUGCUAAUUGCGAAUGUGGCCUGGUGCAGCAUCGAAUCGCUGGACGACGCGCUCGCCGGCAUCGGGCACGACAGCGCCUUCGAUCGGCGGUCGCCGGUGCUGCAGCCGCAGCAGCUGUUCCUCAACCAGAGUUUCUCGUACCAUCGGAACAGCGCCAUCAAGGCGGGCGUGCACGCAAUUUUCGAUCGCAUUCUGUCCGAGCUGAGCGUCAAGAUGAAGCGCCUCAAUUUGGACAGACGCGAGCUGUCCUGCCUGAAGGCGAUCAUAUUGUAUAAUCCGGAUAUACGCGGCAUCAAGAAUCGCGCCGAUAUCGAGCUGUGCCGCGAGAAGGUCUACGCCUGCCUCGACGAGCACUGCCGCCUGGAGCAUCCCGGCGACGAUGGACGCUUCGCACAGCUGCUGCUGCGCCUGCCCGCAUUGCGUUCGAUCAGCCUCAAGUGCUUGGACCACCUGUUCUUCUUCCGCAUCAUCAGCGAUAGGCCGCUGGAUGAGCUAUUUAUUGAACAGCUGGAGUCGCAGCCGCCGCCGGGCCUGAUCCUCAAUUCCGAGUGAAUUUCGAUUAGCUAUCGGAUCUGUUGCCUGUUAUCGAUAGAACAAAUCGAUCUUUAUUGCAUGCUAUAUCUAUAUAUAUAUAGCGUGUAACGAAGAUCGUUUAUCGAUUCUAUCGAAAUCGAUUGAUUGUUUCAUUGUGAUUGAGUUUGUUUGCAUUUCUCUGCCAACCCCGCCCCGCCCCGCCCCCCUCCCUUUUCCAACUCACCAAGGUCUUUUAUAAUUUGUAACAUGAAUAUUUAAUCUGAUAAAUAUGUAAUUUUUUAUUAUUACUUUUUUUUUUUUGUAAUAAUAUAUAUAUAUAUAUAUAUAUGUAUAUAUAAUUUUUUUUUGCAAACUAGAAAAUGUUUUCCUUAAGAUUGAACCGUUUAUUGCUGUGUAAACGAAAAAAUAAAACAACACUAAACACACAAAAUAAAACAUAGUUAAAUGUAUGUGACGUUGGCUGACAUACAUACAUAUGUAUGUAUAUAUGCUACAUAUAUGUAUACAUAUGUAUAUAAAUAUAUAUAUAUAUAUCUAUACAUAUACAUAAACAAAUUGUAAUUAUUUCUUAAAUAAUUGUACCCACAAGUUAUAAAAUACAUGCGAAUUAUAAAUAUAUAUACACGUGCACAUAGAUCUAUAUAUAUAUAUAUUAUAUAUAUGCUAUAUUUUCAACGACAUUUGUGUGUGCGUGUGUGUGUGUGUGUGCGUGCGUGUGCGUAGGAAAGUGUUUUCUUUUACCUUGGAAUUUGUCCCUGUCCAAAAUCCCCACAAAUGAAUGGAACUGCAGCGAAUACUCGUGUACAGUAGACACUCGUUAGGUGCAACCAAUUGACGGCAAAUUCAGUUAGGAGAUUUACAUCUCUUCGAACUUAACCAACUUUUUGCUCUUGAUUUGUCCUUGAAUCGUUUCCAUAUUAAAAAAAAAUUUUUU